AUGGACGAAGAUUCGCUCAAACGUAACACAGAUUGCGUUUAUUUCUUGGCCUCUCCCCUCACUUGCAAGAAGGGGUCCGAAUGCGAGUAUCGGCACAAUGAGAUUGCGAGGCUUAACCCUAGGGAUUGCUGGUACUGGGUAUCUGGCCAAUGCCUUAAUCCAACGUGUGCUUUUAGACACCCUCCUCUGGAUGGGCAUACUGGAGUGCCAGCGCCAUCUGAACCUACACAAAACUCAUUGCCUGCAAACAAGACAAUGGUUCCCUGUUAUUUUUUCUUCAAUGGAUUUUGCAACAAAGGUGACAAGUGCUCUUUUUUGCAUGGGCCUGAUGAUAGUAGUUUUACUGUAAAACCUAUGAAGAAUGAUAAUGGAAGCACCGAUGCACUCAAUCUAGAAAAUAAAACAUCCUCAGGAAAUAGAACAGGUGUAGCAUCAAUACCAACUGACCAAUGUUUAACUGCUCCAAAGAAAUUGUCUGAUUUUAAGCUUCAGCCCAAGGAAGAUCCUCAAUUACAGUUACCCAAAAAGGUUAAGCAGCAAGGCGAUCCACUAGAGACAUCUGCUUUAGAAUAUAAAGAAGCGGCAGUGAGUAGGUCAGACUCUCCGUUUCCAGAAGAUGGCUUUGUUCAUAAUGUAUCUCAUUUAUGCGCUGAGCAGAGUUCAGAGGAGCAAGUAAAUAGUCAGGUAGAGCCUGAGGAGCGGUGGGAAUCAUCUCCUCAUUCCCCUGGAUUUGAUGUUCUUGUUCAUGAUGAAUUGGAGAACUUGGGUUACGAGGAAGAUUCUGAAUAUUUACCAGUGCUUGAUAGGAAUGAGCAACAGCUGAAUGAGCAGUACUUGGGGUAUGAAUUUAAAGAUCCAGUUGAGUAUGAUACUAUGUGCCCAGAAGCUGAUAUUAUGUAUCCACAAGAAACAUAUGAUGGUUACAGAUGUUUUGAUAGAGACCUUGCUCAUGCUAAUGGCAGAACAAUUCGUACUUAUUCCAGAGAUAUAUUCUUUGAUUCUAUAUUGUCCAGGAAAAGGAUUCGGAUGUCAGCUGAGGUGGCUGCCUAUGACAAGGAUUUAGAUCUACGUGACCAUCUGAGGAGACGUAGAGAAAGUAAUGGGUCCCCCUUUGCAGGUCUCUUAAGAAGACAAGAAUCAUCUUCUUUGGUUCGAAACCAGGAAAGGAAUCAGAAGAUGCUUGGCAUUGAGCAGCGGCCAAGUAGAAGAUUGACAUCACAACUGGGAUAUAGUGCUAUAGGUUCGAUUGGAGGAGAGAUUGAAACACUUUCAAUUACUAACAAGCACAGGUUAUUCAGGCACUCCCAGCAACAUAGACCAAGGAAGCAUUAUAGAGAAAAACCAGCUAGACGACCUUUCCUGUCAUCUAAAAUAUCUAGGAAAUCAGUUUUUAAAGAAAGGGGGUUUAUUCAGGAAUCCACUACAUUUUCAGGACCUAAGACUCUUGCAGAAAUUAAAGAAGAGAAGAAGAAGGCUGAAGAAGGUCUACUUUGGAACAGCACAUCCACUGAUUUCCAGGACCCCAAACCUUUGAGUGAAAUUCUCAAGGACAAAAGGACUAUGGAUUAG